GACCUAAACAUGAACAAUGAUUUCAGUACAGUUUUGUUCUGCCCUAGAAAGAGUCUUAAAAGAAAAAUUGAUUUUUUACCGUUUAUGUGCCAUGUUUCCCGCUUCUCAAAACAACAUAUGUAUAAAUUAGCUCUGUAGAAUUUUGAAGUAAAGGCUUUUCUUGAAUUCCGAACUGAAUGUUCUAGUCUGUGCACAGUUUCAGUGACGUAGUCGUAAACUACAGCAUCUUGGAAUAAUGCAUCAAGGGGCUGGCUGCAGAGAUGAGCAUGCUUUUCAAAGAUGGACCUUUUUAUCAAAAGAUACUUUUUAUCGUCCCAUCAAUGCCCCUGAGAGCAGAGAGCUCCUUUCAUCCGGCAUUCAGAGGGACGAGUCAGGGAGAUGUGGUGGCGCCUGAGAGGGCUGGGCAGGCACCAUCCCCAUGCUUGAUUUGAAUUAAAAAAUUCAGGAGGUGGAAGUCAAGGCAGAGAGGGAGAUAUCCAAGAUAACACAUUUCCUGUCUGUCUCGUUCGUUCGGCCCCCCCUCUGCUUAUAAAUUCUUGGGACACUUGGCUUUGGGAAGACUUGCACCAGUUUUUUGGGCACCAGAGAACACCCCAGGUGUUUUGGAGUGAAAGGUUGGAACGUAGCUGUGGGUGACUGUCUCAGGGUCAUGGCUGCUGCUCAGCUGGUGAUGAGAUAUUGUGUUCUUUUCAUAUUUUGGACAUUGUCAGAUGCAAAAAUCAGUAUUGUUGCCAGUGAUGAGGAUGUACUAGUGAAUGCGGACCAACUUCUCCUGUGCAAAGCUGCCGGAGAAGGAACCAUCACUUGGUCUUACAGUGACGAGGAGAUUGAAGAUGACAAUGAACACUUGGUGGUUGAGAAAGUUGAUGAAUCAUCAAGUAAGCUUACAAUCAAAGCCGCCCAGAUGAGUGACACCGGGACGUAUACCUGCAAAUGUGAAUAUGAUUCGGGUAGCACAAAGCAGACGACUGCUUCAAUAUUUGUUUAUGAGCCAAUUAGCUUUGGCCAGACAACAACCUUCCAUGAGUUCUUGAAAGGCGAGCGAGCGCUAAUCCCCUGUCGUGUCUCCGGGAGGCCUGCGGUGGAGGUUCAGUGGUUACGGAGCAGCACUCUCCUGGUUGCUGAUGGAAAUCAAAGGAUCACUGUCCUACCAGACAACUCCCUUCAGAUUGACGAUAUUCAGAGGGAAGACAGGGGCACUUAUACCUGCAAAGCCUCAAUAAAAGGCCGCCCUGUAUCUAAGAUGCAAAAUAUCUCUGUUGUAAUCAACACACCGCCAGAAGUGAUAAUACACGAGAAACUGAAGAGUGUCAAAAGUGGACCUGAUGCCACCGUCUCUAUUACCUGCUCAACCUCAGGAGAGCCCCAGCCAGAGAUAACAUGGAUGAUGCCCACCUCCUUUGAUUCCACCCGCCACAAGUUCAACUCGGACAAGAGCGACCUCACCAUUACGUCUGUUAAGAGGGAUGACAACGGAGAGUACAUCUGCACGGCCAAGAAUAAGAUCGGAGAAAGUAGUGCCACAACUUUUCUUGAUGUCUCAGAGCAUCCUGUGGUGAUCCUCAGCCAGUCUGAAGUGCGAUUGAAGCCGGGAGAGAUGAUGUCUGUGUCUUGCAAUAUCUCAGGAAAUCCUGUCCCCUCUCUCCAGUGGAUAAAAAAGGGUCCUGAUGGAAACACGGGCUUCAGCAGUAGCGGCCGAAUACGAGUGGAGGGAUCGGACCUGAUCAUAGAGAACGUGGCGCCCUCUGAUGGCGGUCUAUAUUCUUGCAUCGCCAACAGCAGCUCAGGGAUCAAAGAGGAAGACUUCAGCUUGCAGACCUUGCCCGGGAAGCCGUCCCAGGUGUCAGUGAAGGCAGGAGCUGCUGCAGCCAGUCUCAACCAGAGCGCCCAUGUGGUGGACGGGGGCUCUCCCAUUACUGCUUACAUCCUCCAGUGGAGGCCGGACGCCCAGCAGAAGUGGGACCAAACGGUCGUCCAGGCUACUGAUCCUCUGGUUGCCACCCCUUUGUCGCCCUACACUGAAUAUUUCCUUCGUCUGGCUGCCCGAAACAUUGUUGGACAGGGAGAGUUUUCUGAUGCAACCAAUGUCCGGACACUGGGAACACGUGAACCAGACAAACCCUUCCUAACAGACAGGGAAAUACAUUUUGAGGAGAACAUUGCUAAAAUCCCCUUCAAGCAACUAGACACUGGUGGAUCCCCUAUCAGUUCCUAUAUGGUGCGCUACAAGGCGAAUAAGGAUGAUGAGUGGAGAGAAAAAGACCUGCUCCCAAACGCCACAGAGAUCUAUCUCCACGACCUGCAGUACAGCUCUGACUACCACCUGGAGAUCAUUGCCCACAACCCCAAAGGCCAAUCAAUGCCUGCCUCACUGAACUUCACCGUCCCACAGCCCAGCGCAGUUAGUAAACCUGGUUUGGGGAAGGGUGGCGUGGUUGGCAUUGUGAUGCUGAUUUUCCUGGUGCUGCUCAUCGCCGUGGAUGCUACAUGUUGCUAUACCAACCGCUGUGGCAUGCUGAUGUUCCUGGCAGUGAAGCUGUUUGGCCAGAAAGUGCCGGGGUCAAAGAGCAUGGAGGAGGGGGAUGGCACAGCAAUUGACAUGAAGGUGAAUGAGCUAGCAUCUCCACGGGGUAGCAUCCCAAAACAGCAGGCCCAAAACAGCCCACCUGCGGGGGUGCAGUCUGAGGUCACGUGCGACAAAGCGCCCCUCACCAAAUUUGAGAAAGCACCAGCCAACGGGGAUCCAACCACAGACGCCUGAGAGCCGUCACAGAGUGAUGGGUGUGGCAUGUCAAUGGCCACAAACAGGACUUGGAGAAUACAAAGAGUUAGUCAUAAAAUGUAUAAUGACCUACAAAGUUGUUUUACAGAAAUACAAAGCAGCGGAAACUGCAAAUAGCAGAGGCCAAUGUGAUUGUUGUAAGUCAUAGUCAAGCCAAGAGAGGGGAAAUAGUUAGGCAUACAUGUCUUCCAUACGCCUUUUCAGAGUGUUUUUACGCAUCUUUAUACAUCAUUAAUACACAUCAUAUAUGUGUAAGUAUAACUUUUGGACAUUGACCGAUAAACAUAUACGUUUUGUAGUUCUGUACAGGUCUUUAUUUUUUAUCUCAAAAUGACUUUUCUACUCCUUUUUUUGCAUGUACCAAGAUUCUAAGAGAAGAUUGUACAGUUAACAUAGAUAUUCUUACAAAACAUUGUACAGUUAAAUAUACAUUCAAGACUUUAUACUGUAAAUUAUUUGUACAUACCUUAUUUUUUUCUUUAUUUUGCCUUUCAUUAUAGAAGAAGAUAGUGAAAAUGUAUGUAAGCUAUUUGAAGAAUUAUCUUUGGGUUUUUCUUUUCAUAAAUAUAUAUAUAUAUAUAGUCAUUGACUAGAUGUGUCUGUGUUAAAGAUGCAGUCCGCAAUUCUAAUCCUAUACA